GAAAGAUAAAAGAAGCUAAAAUUGUGAUAGCUUCGAUGGUAAAAGCAGGUGUGGAACCUAAUGUUAUUACUUAUAGUACAUUAAUGGAGGGAUACUGCAUGGUUAAUGAAGUGAGAAAAGCAAAGCAUGUAUUCAACACUAUGUCCCAAAUAGGAGUGGCACCUGAUGUUUAUAGCUACAAUAUCAUGAUUGAUGGAUUAUGUAAGAAGAAAAUGGUAGAUGAAGCCAUCAAUCUUUUUGAAGACAUGCAACGCGAAAAUAUGAUUCCUGAUACAAUAACUUAUAGUUCACUUAUUGAUGGUCUGUGCAAAUCGGGAAGGAUAGCUGAUGUUUGGAAUCUUGUUGAUGAGAUGCAUGAUAGAGGUCAACCUGCCAAUAUAAUUACCUACAGUUCCUUAUUGGAUGCUUUAUGCAAAAAUGGUCAUCUAGACAGAGCAAUUUCAUUAUUCAAGAAAAUGAUUAGUUGGAGAAUUCAGCCAGAUAAGUACACAUACACCAUACUUAUUGAUGGACUGUGCAAAGGUGGAAGACUUGAGAAAGCACAAGAAGCUUUUCAGUAUCUUUUGAUUAAAGGCCAUCAUCUGAAUGUCGUGACAUAUAAUGCUAUGAUCAAUGGACUUUGUAAAGUGGGGUUAUUUGAUGAAGCAUUGGCAUUGCAGUCAAAAAUGGAAGAGAAAGGUUGCAUCCCUGAUGCUAUAACUUUUGAAAUAAUUAUUUAUGCUCUAUUUGAAAAAGACGAGAAUGAUAAGGCUGAGAAAUUGCUUCGAGAAAUGAUUGCUAGAGGCUUAUUGUAAGAGUUAAACUUGGUGAGAUGCUUUCUUGUUACUAAUAAAUAACUCAUUGAAAGCAAAAAGUAGUCUAUCAUUCAUUAUAACUCAUUGAAAGCAAAAAGUAGUCAAUCAUUCAUUCUCUUUAUUCGUAUUUACUAUCCCUUAGCUACUUUCAAUUGUUUAUAUAUGCAAUUGUGUUCCAAUGAAUCAGCUUCUUUAAUCUACUGAUGGUCAUUAUGUUAACUAUUUUCAAUCCAAUUCUGACUAAUAUGUGUUUCAUCUUGGGUUUAGGGUGAAAUUUUUCAGUCAGUUUAAUUUCGUCUCUUAUUUUACUAGGAUAUUUUUCUAUCGUUCUGUUGUGUUUUACAUUUUUCUCAACGAAAUUGUUAAAGCUUUUUAAAGGACCAAUUCAUUUUUUUUCCACACUCUACCACUGAU